GAAAAGGGGGAGCGCUUGGGGCGCGGAGGCCUGGGGCUGCGGGGGGCCCCUCUAGCGGGGCUCCGGGGCGGCGGCCGCGUCAGAUCAGGGCCACACCCCCCACCCCGCGAUCUCAUCCCGUCCCCUUUUGCUUCCGUCCUUCCCCUCCCCCCAGCUCUAGACCCCAGGCCCUGUGCCCUGAGCUCUGUCCUCGGAUGUCCGACCGCCCAGAGUCUGCAUGCGCCGUGGGGCGCCCCAGGACCAGGAGCUGGUGGGUCCGGGGCGGGGGUCCCGGGGCGCCCCUCCUCCCGCGGGUCUCGUCGUUCCGGUCCUCGUCUUUCCCCCGGAUCUAGUAUUCAGGGCGGACCAGCGGAGCGGCCCCCGACAGCUGCUGACUCUCUAUAACCCCACAGGAGUUGCACUUCGCUUCCGAGUCCUGUGCACAGCACCUGCCAAAUACACAGUGUUUGACGCAGAAGGCUAUGUGAAGCCUCAGUCCUGCAUUGACAUUGUGAUUCGCCACGUGGCCCCCAUUCCCAGCCACUAUGAUGUCCAGGACCGCUUCCGCAUUGAGCUGUCUGAGGAGGGGGCUGAGGGCCGAGUCGUGGGGCGCAAGGACAUCCCCUCGGUUCUGAGGGCCCCGGCCUACCCCCUCGAGCUUCCGGGACAGCCUGACCCAGCACCCCACCCAAGGCCUCCUACCUCUACACCACCACCCACGGCCAGACACUUCCAGGAGAACCCCUACCCACAACUGGCCACCAGCUCCUUCCUCCUCUUCUCGCUGGCGGGCAUCGUCUCUGUGGCCUUCCUGCUGCUGCCACUGCAGGACGAACUCGGCAGCCAGCUGCCCCAAGUCCUCCAUGUCUCCCUGGGACAGAAGCUGGUGGCAGCCUAUGUCUUGGGCCUUCUCACCAUGGUGUUCCUCCGGGCCUGAGCUUCCUGCUGGACCCUGGCCUCAACCCCUGCCCUCUUCUCCUGCCUUCCUGGCCCCACCCUCUGCAAAAAGAUACCCAGGGAUUUGUACUCAUUUUCCAAGUUACAUAAAAUAAAUUUUUAAAAUUCAAAUGGGAAA